AUGUGGCUGUUUAUUCUCCUCUUCUACCUUUUUCCUUUGCGUGCGGAAUUACAGGAGGACCUUUUGUUUAGAUCUGGAGACUACGCGAUCUACUGUACAAGAUUGGACAAGUUUGGGAACUGUUCAGCUCUUCGCAUCGACUCCUCAAAGAAUGAUUUUAAGGAACCGUCAGCCUCGCGAAACUCGACCAAGUUCGCCCUGGGAACCUUCAGUCGCCCACGGCUCUCCUCACGCAUGGUUCGCCGCGAUGCUGAAAUGUUUGAAGUGAGUGUUAGGGAAGAGACGGAAGAUGUGCGGAAGCUAAAAACUGCCCACGAUGAGGUUGAGUUCUUCUAG